UGUGUGUGUCACUCUCUCUCUCUCUCUGUGUCUCACUCACUGUCCGCGCUCCUGACCGCUCAUCUCCACCGCUCGGCCAAUCACAGCCGCUCCGCUCCGCGGCCUCCAAUCAGCAGCCGCCUUGUUGCGGAGUGACCGAGAGACGGCAAAAUGGCGGCUCCCAGAGUCCGGGACAUCCCGAGAGGGUACCGAACCCUGAGAGAGAUUACUCGAGCCUUAAGAGAAGGUCAAAUCAGUUCAACAGAACUGUGCCAGAGAUGUCUGUCUUUAAUCAGGGAAACAAAGAUCUUCAAUGCUUAUAUCACUGUCACUGAGCAACUUGCCGUAAAACAGGCUGCAGAAGCAGAUAAAAGACUGAAAAGAGGAAAGCCUCUAGGUCCCUUAGAUGGAAUUCCAGUUGCUGUUAAGGAUAACUUUAGCACAGCAAAUAUCGAGACCACAUGUGCCUCAAAGAUUCUAAAAGGCUAUAUUCCACCAUUUAAUGCCACAGUAGUGCAGAAGUUACUGGAUCAAGGUGCUGUCCUUAUGGGGAAAACCAAUCUAGAUGAAUUUGCAAUGGGGUCUGGGAACACUGACAGCAUCUUUGGACCAGUGAGAAAUCCAUGGGGAUAUUCCAGACAGUUUAGAGAGAAACAUCUUCAGAGUCACGACAAGGAAGACUCUGAUUGGGUGAUAAGUGGUGGUAGCUCUGGUGGCAGUGCUGCAGCUGUAGCUUCACUGACGUGUUUUGCGGCUUUAGGCUCAGACACAGGCGGCUCAACACGUAAUCCUGCUGCCCACUGUGGGAUUGUAGGCUUCAAGUGUUCCUACGGACUCAUCUCUCGUCAUGGCCUCAUACCCUUGGUCAACUCCAUGGAUGUUCCUGGCAUUCUGACCAGAUGUGUAGAUGAUGCAAGCACUGUACUAGGUGUACUUGCUGGGCAUGAUCCCAAAGACUCAACAACUAGACAGGAACCUUUUGAACCCUUCGAAUUACCUGAUGAAAUAGAUAUAAGAAAUCUGUCUAUAGGUAUUCCAAAGGAAUAUCAUGCUCCUGGAUUGUCCAGUGAAAUUGUGGAAAACUGGACAAAGGCUGCAGAUCUAUUUGAAAAUGCAGGUGCCCGAGUUCUUGAAGUCUCCCUACCUCAUACUCCGUACUCAAUUGUUUGUUAUCAUGUGUUGUGCACAGCAGAGGUAGCAUCAAAUAUGGCACGGUUCGAUGGACUGGAAUACGGGCACCGCAGCAAGGCAGAGAGUUCAACAGAAACCUUGUACGCAGCAACCAGACAUGAAGGGUUCAACAGUGUGGUUCGAGGACGAAUUCUGGCAGGAAACUACUUUCUUUUAAAACAGAAUUACGAGCGCUAUUUUGUAAAAGCACAGCAGGUGAGACGCCUCAUAGCCAAUGACUUUGUGAAGGUUUUUGGUUCUGGAGUUGAUGUUCUACUGACACCCACAACUCUAAGUGAUGCUUUAUCAUAUCUGGACUUCAUCAAAGAAGACAACAGGACUCGCUGUACACAGGAGGACAUCGUUACCCAGUCUGCUAACAUAGCAGGAUUGCCAGCUGUGACUGUUCCAACCGCACUAUCACAAAGGGGGCUCCCACUCAGCCUCCAGUUUAUCGGACGAGCUCUCCACGACAAGCAGCUUCUGACAGUUGCUAAGUGGUUUGAACAACAAGUGAAUUUUCCACAGAUUAAUCUCUAGGGGCCUGCGGAAUAAUCAUAAUGACUUACACAAACCUUGAAGUUCAAUAGAA